GCGAUGGGCGCGCGGACGGCCCUGUGCGGGGUCGCACUGCUCUGCGCCCUGGGCCUGGGUCGGCGCGCAGCCGGGGUACCGAGCUGCGGCCCUGGCCGCUCCCUGGAAGGCAAGGGCGCCGACGCGCGCUGCUGCGGGCCGUGCGCCCCGGAGCCGCUGUGCUCCGAGCGCAACUGCACCUGCGUCCAGCCCGGCUUCCACUGCGGAGACCCCCAGUGCCGGACCUGCAAGCACCACCCUUGUCCACCGGGACAGGAGGCGCAGCGGCAAGGGAAUUUCAACUUUGGCUUUCGGUGUGUGGACUGUGCAGAGGGGACCUUCUCAGUGGGCGGUGCCAGCCGCUGCAGGCCCUGGGCAGACUGCUCCCAAUUUGGGUUUCUCACCUCGUUCCCCGGGAACAAGACCCACAACGCCGCCUGCACCCCGGGUCCGGGGCCCGCUGACCGGCUCAGCAGGUUGCUCCUACCCCUCCUCGCCAUGGCUGCCUGUAUCCUGGUCCUCACCACAGCCCAGCUAGGCCUGCACAUCUGGCGGCUGAGGAGGCAACACGCGUGGCCCCGAGAGACCCAGCUGCUCCUGGAGGCGCCACUGCCCCCAGCCGAGGACACCUGCAGCUGCCAGUUCCCGGAGGAGGAGCGGGGCGAGCAGCUGGCGGAGGAGAAGGGCCGGCCGGGGCACCUGCAGGCGUGAGGCGGCUCAGGGACAGCAGGCCCCAGGAGCUCGCCCGCGAUGACCCUGGGCGCAAGGGCGCUGUGUUCUGCUUUGGGCCUGGCCCUGCUCCCCUUGAUGGCGGAAGCAGGCAUGGCACGGUGACCAUGCAGGGGAGAGAUGGACGUAGGACCGGGCGGCUGCUGCUCUCCCUCACCAGCCCCUCCCCCCAGUGCAGAGGCCGUGGCAAGCAGAGCCCAGCAGAGGACCUGGCCUCAGGCGGCUUCCAAUAAACACCUGU